AUGGAAAAUAAUAAAUUUUAUGAGCUGCUGCAAACAUAUGAAUUUCCUGAAAAAAAACUUAAAAGUUGUUGUUUAGCAAAUCAAAAGACAAGUAACAUCAAAAAGGUUUUUCCGCUUGAAUUUGGACUAGAUGGAAUAACGCUACUUUAAAGAGGGCCAUGGACAUAGCAAGAACGAGAUAUAUAUUUAUAAAUUUGUUAAAAACAUGAAGACCAAUGUAAAUAAAAUCAAACAGCAUCAAUUUUUAAAGAAAUUCUUGGAAAAAUACCAACUAGAAAUCUCGCUCAACUUAAAGGAUUUCAUAAAAUUAAUAAUCCUUUUCCACCAAAUAUAAUUAAAAAAAAUAAUAGAAUUAGGAGAACUAAGUUAGAGUUAAGUUUAAAUGACUCGGAUAAACUUCUAUAUUUUGUUAUAAAAAGUUAGAGAAAAAAGUGCAUUAAAUAAUAAUAAAAACUUGCAAAUCUUAAUAAUUAAAUUCUAACUUAGCAAACUUAAAUAGUGUAAUUUAAUUUAAAAGAAGAAAAAUAAACAGAAGUAAAAAUUUACAUAAACAUUGAUCUCCUUUUAAAUACUAUUAAUUAAUAGGAUUAGAAAUUAAUUAGAGAUGAAAUUAAGGCAGAAAAAUUAGAUUGCGCUAUAGAGGAACAAAAAGAAUAAUUAAAUUAAAUAAUGUUGAAAAAAGAUAAAAUUAUUGUUAGCCUUAGAAAUCAUAAUGAAAUAAAGGAUGAAAAAGUAGAAGAAGAACUUAAAUUCAUAAAUAAAUCUAAAAAAAUUACUUUUAACGAAUUAAUUUCUAAAAUCGAAAUAGAAAGCAAAUUAAAUCAUAAAAAAUAAAUAAAACAACAAAAUUUUUGGUAAAAGAUUGAUAAUUCAGAAUAAUUACAAACAGACGAAGUCAUAAUUAUUGAACAACAAGAAUAUAGUUAAAAAGAAAUAAAAUUUAUACAAGUAGAAUAAUUUUAAUAAUAAUUUUUGCAAUAGGAAACCUUUAAUAAAUUAGAAGUUAUGCCCCAAAAAAAGAUAAUAAGAAUAAUUAAUCAAUAAAAAUCUCUUACUGUUGAGAAAAAUAAAUUGGAUUUGCAAAAUUUAAAUGAAAACAAUAAUAAUCCAGCAAACGGUUAGAUUAUUUAUAAUAAAGAUGAACAAUUUGAUUUUCAAUAAUACUUAAAAAAAGAAAAAUAAGGCAUUAACUAAUAAAUUAUUUAGGAAGAUAAAAGUGGAUAAAAUAUAUAAAUAAUUGAAUAAAAUAAUGGAUAGAAUAUAUAAACAAUUGAAUAAAAUAAAAUAGUAGAAUCAGAUGAAGAUAAAAAUAAUCAAAAAGAAAACUUAAUCUAAUUAAGAAAAGACAAAAAAGAAAAUAUUUAACAUGAGAAAAUUCUAGAGGAACCAUUAGAAAAAUAAUAAGAUGAUGAAAAAAUAAAUGAAAAAAAUUUAUAAGAAUAAAAACGAUUAGAAGGAGAGAAAAAGAUUGAGAUAAUAAAAUAACAAGAAAUAGAAAUGCAAGAAAAAAAACAGUUAGAUAUUCAUAUAAAAGAAAAAGAAAUAGAAAAAAUGAGAAAUAAUUAUAAUUAAUUAGAUAAAUAAAAUGAAAUUGAGACCAAAAAAAAAUUAGAAUCAAAAAAAAUAAAAGAGAGAUUAAGAGAGGAGGUAUAAAUAAAACGUAGAUAAACUUUUAAUGGGCAUGAUAAAAAAGAAAGAAAUAGGGUGAAAAAUAGAGAGUCUAGAUCUUUGCUAGAAGUAAAAAUACCAUAAAAUGAAAGAAAAAAUAAUGAACAUUAUGAGUAAGAAGAACUAAAAUGUUCACAAGAGUAACGAUGUGACUCUUCCUUUGAAGAGAAUUAAUCAAAGUUAAAAUUAUUACAUUCAAAAGGAUAAGAAAUAAUUAAUUAAUAGUAGUUAAGUGCAGAAAUUUUAAAUAAAUAAUGUUAUAGAUAGGAUUUUUAAGGUUAAAACUAAAAUCAAUUUACUUAAGAUUAUAAAGCUUAAAACUAAAAUUAAUUUACUUAAGAUUAAAAAGCCUAAAACAAAAAUCAAUUUAUUUAAGAUUAUAAAGCUAAAAAUAAAAAUCAAUUUACUUAAGAUUAUAAAGCCUAAAACAAAAAUCAAUUUACUUAAGAUUAAAAAGCCUAAAACUAAAAUCAAUUUACUUAAGAUUAUAAAGCUUAAAACUAAAAUCAAUUUACUUAAGAUUAUAAAGCUUAAAACUAAAAUCAAUUUAUUUAUGAUUAUAAAGCUUAAAACUAAAAUCAAUUUACUUAAGAUUAAAAAGCCUAAAACAAAAAUCAAUUUAUUUAAGAUUAUAAAGCUUAAAACUAAAAUCAAUUUACAUAAGAUUAUAAUACUUAAAACUAAAAUGAUUAAAAAGCUUAAGACUAAAAUUAAUUUUAAGUCUCAUAUAUAGACCAGAUCUAAUAAUAAUAUUUUUAUCUUCAAAAUUUAUAAAGAAAUUAAUUUAUUGUUCAUAACAAUUAUUAUAAACCUAUUUCAGUUGUAGAAGGAUAAUAUUAAAACCAAGCAAAUUAAUUAAAUUUUAACUAAGGCAUAAAUAAUUAAGAUAAAAAUUCUUAAUUCUCUUAAUAACUUCCAAUUCAAUUUUAAAAUUAUACUCCUUAUUAAGAUCAAGCUAUUUCAUAACCCUAAACAUCAUUUGCAUUUUAGCCAUCUUAUGUCUUCAUAGGAAAUCCUCACUAUUAUCCUUAAGUAAUACCAGUAGGCCAAUUUUAACAAUAAUCUUUAGGUUCUAAUGAUGAAUCAUAAAAUAUGAACAAAGAUCAAUACGAAAUAGAAUUGGCAUAUGUAUUUCGAGAAUUACCUUAACACUUUGAUCCAAAUUUUUUCUGUUAAUAUUCUCCUCAAAAUUUUGGAUCUAUGCCCGGAGUAACAUAAUUUGGAAAUACUCUUAAAUGAAAG